AUGGCAUUUGUUAUUUCCUUUCUAAAAAUUUUAUUUCUAAAAUCGAUAAUUUACGAAAAUUGUAUUACAGACAAUACUGCUGAUUGUAGAUAUACAGAUUUCUCUAUUGCUGGAAUGAGUGGUUCAACAUUAGAUAGAUGUGGCUCACAAGCUAAAAAUUUAUUUAUGGGACCUUAUGCAUAGUUAACUAGAGUAACCAAAACAUUUAUAAAUAUUCCACCAAACAAAUAAAUGGAACUUUCAAUUGGUAUUUGGAAACUUGACUCUUGGGAUUCAGAAGGAUUUGAGAUUUAUGCAAAUGAUAUAUUAAUAUAAACUCUUUUAGUAUCAGCAUAUGAAGGAAUUUUUACUUGUAGAAAUGGCGAAUUUUAAGAUUAACUAAUUCCCCUUUCAUUAAAAUUUUAAAUAUCAGGAACUGAUUUAACAAUAUAAUUAAAAGAUAAUUUAGACUAAAGUUCUUGGGAUGGUAUAAAUUUAAUUAUUUUUAGAAUCAUGGGGAUUUAGAGACUUUAUUUUAAGGCUUGCAGUCCCUUGUGUUAACUUUUAUAGCGAAUGUAAUUAUACUGGAACAUUAUUUUAAAUAUGUUAAGGUGAAUAAACAAAGAAGCAAACUAGUAUUCCUUAUGAAAUCAAAUCAAUUCUAAUGGGUCCUGGUAUUAUUGUGAAAUUUAAAGGUCCAAACUAUUUUUCAGGAGUAUUACAAGAGUUUACUACUUCCUAACCUUGUUUGAAUGGUUUUAAGGUAAACAUUUAGUCAUCAAGUUUUAGUUUACAAAAUAUAUCAAGCCUUCAUGA